CUGUGCACGGAGCAGAAGCCAAGCGCCUGCUCUUUGCCCCACCCAAGCUCAGAGCUGAGAACAGCCUCCUCCCUCUUCCCAAAAACCAACAGCGGAGAGCAUGUUUCAAACUGAAUAAGGAAGCCUUCUCAAACUUUUAAGGCUGUUUUCAAAAGCUUCCACUUCGCCCAUCAGACCAGCCUUGGCUUCAUCCCAACUCUGCACAACCCUGUGUGCUGCUGGAAACCCCCCACAACCAGAGCCUGAGCGAAAAAACACAGGAAGGGCUGAGAAGGCUCCAGAACUGGUUUCAACAACUUUUUCAAGUUUGGGUGAUCAUCAAGAAUUUGCCAGUGAUGCUGACAGUAAUUGCCUCUGUGAAAGGUGACUAAGACCAAACAGAAGGAAAGAGGACAAACGUGCAAUUUAGAGGGACAGAAAGGUAUGUCCCACCUGUCAUCUUUGCUGUAGUGAAGCUUUUGGAGGACUUAGAGGGAAACUAAAAUGGCUGAGGUUUUACAUAUGGCUUAGGCAAAGUCCCUUUUCAGCCACUUUUUGAAGCAUCCCUGGUAUCAGCAACCAGCUCCAGAGGCUCCCGCCUCCAGGCGGGAAGAAGGGACAUCAGUGAAGGUGUCUUGCUCCUCACACCUCAGCUAGGACCAGGCCAUUUCAUCCCCCACUGGAGUGUUCCUCAGUGCUGGGGGCUGAGCCAGCACAGCCCCCCACCGCGGCACACACCUCUCAGCCCCCCGACGAGAUGGCCGCCCUCAUCGCUGAGAACUUCCGCUUCCUCUCCUUGUUCUUCAAGAGUAAAGAUGUGAUGAUUUUCAAUGGUUUGGUGGCCCUGGGCACGGUGGGGAGCGAGGAGCUCUUCUCAGUCGUUGCCUUCCACUGCCCCUGCUCCCCUGCCCGCAACUACAUCUAUGGGCUGGCUGCCAUCGGUGUGCCGGCCCUGGCCCUCUUCCUCAUUGGUGUCAUCUGGAACAAUCACACCUGGAACCUGGUGGCCGAGUGCCACAAGCGUGGCACCAAGAACUUCUCUGCUGCUGCCACCUUCCUCCUCUUUGGCUCCAUCAUGGGCCGAGCGUCCGUGGCACCCAUCACUUGGUCGGUCAUCUCGCUGCUGCGAGGGGAAGCUUACAUCUGUGCCCUCAGCGAGUUUGUCAAGCCAUCCUCCCUGGACAAGUUUCCAGCUGAGUACGGGGCUGAGGUGCUGGCCAAGUUCCCCUGUAGAGACAACCCGGCAAACCUCACCAAGUUCAGGGACGAGGUGACACGGAGGCUGAGAUACGAGUCCCAGGUAGGCACACCAGGGAGAAGGCCACAGGGAUGGGUAAGACCUCCUUGCCGUGUCCUAACGCAGCCUCUCUCUUCUCUCCCAGCUCUUCGGCUGGCUGCUCAUCGGCAUCGUUGCAGUCCUGAUUUUCCUCACCAAGUGCCUGAAGCACUGCUGCUCGCCGCUGAGCUACCGGCAGGAGGCCUACUGGGCCCAGUACCGCUCCAACGAGGACAAGCUCUUCCGACGCACGGCCGAGGUCCACUCCAGGAUCCUGGCAGCCAAGAAUGUGAAACAAUUCUUUGGCUUUGUGGCACUGGACAAGGAGGAGAAGGAGCUGGUGCAGGAGUUCCCGGUGGAGGGCGUGCAGCCGAGCCCCCAGUGGAACGCCAUCACAGGCGUCUACAUCUACCGAGAGAACAAGGGCUUUCCCCUCUACAGCCGCCUCCACAAAUGGGCCAAAGGGGUGGAAGGGAACGGGCCAACCCCAGAAGGCCACGAACUGCUGUUUUUAGCUUCCUAGGACAGAUGUGCACCAGCAGCGCUUCCCCAGACUGCCUGGCAGGCCUUCCAGUAUCCGUGCUCAGCUGAGGGAUGCACUGGGGACGUUCCUCCAGGCAGGAUUACUUCCAUCAGCAGGUCCACAGGAAUCAACAGCCUCAAGGCAGAGACUGAUAAGCAAUACCCUGAGCUGGGGAACCCCUCCCUCAGAGACAAGAGUCACUGCUGCUCCCAGAGACACAGGGGAGCAAAGAGCAGAUGCAGCCCUUACCUCCAGGCUGCCAGUGCAGCCCACUGCCUGAUGCACCAGCAGAAGCCUUGGGGAGCAAGAGAUGGGCACGUUUUUCACUGUGACUCUUGCAGUCCCACUUGUCUCCCCCACAGCAGGGUUAGCCCCAGCCAUCCCAUACCUAUUUGUUUUAUUGAUAUUGGUAUCUUCUUACACACUUGUGUGAUGCCUGUUACACAGGCAGGUCCCAGAGCACUUUACAAUCUUUACAGUGCAGGUAAAAGAAGGAAGCAGUGGGUAAAUUCCUGAGGCAAGGAGGAUGCAAUAGCAUCUGGGAAGGAAUGGGUCAGUAACAGCCACACACCAAGUAAGUGAGAGACUAAAGCAGGAGGAAUCACCAAUAUUCCUGGUAUUCAGAAAGGCACUCUGUAAUUACCAAGUUGAAAUUUGGGUAAGACACCAAAUUCCCUUCGUUCUUACUAAAGUGCCUGGCAGUCUCUAAUGAGCCCAAAUGGUCACCACCAUGAGUUUAUAAACCCAGAGGAGGCACCAUCAGCAGAACAGCUUUGGGGCAAGGUAGCAAGGUGGAGACUGAGAGGAAUCAGCACCCACAGCACUGUCUGCAUCUCAUUGCAUUUGUCAUCCAACCAUCAGAUGAGAGUCCUUUGUUUGGGUUACAAGCUGCAGGACGACCUCAACCAGAAUUAGCUUUACAUAAAUGUAUGUAUAAACAUACAUAUAGUGUAUAUACCAUGUAACUGUGGUCAGUCAGUUGUAUUAAUGGAGCAUCUUUCUCAGAGGGGAAGGGGAUGAGAAAGCUGACAGCCCAAAGAGCACAUUACAUUCAUCCAUCUGCUGCACUGGGACUGCAGCCCUGCAGCAACAAGGGGACAGCAGGAACAGAAUGGGGGAGCAGCCCUCUCCCUGCACAUCUACCACUGAAUUUUCUAAAACUCUUUCCACUGCCUUAAUUGGCCCCUGGAGCACGUCUCUUUUAGGGACUUGGCCAUACUCUGGGAAAGCAAAACCAGAAAGGUGUAAAAUUACUACCCUCACCAUGACACUGUGUGACUAUGGCUUCAAGGCUGCUCCUCUGGCAUUGUAGUCCCUUUUCUCCCAGGGGUCAAUCCUGUGUACACUGUUUAAAGAGCUGGCAUGACAGAGAAGUUGGGUUUUCCUACUUGAACUGUUUUGGUAUAGAUACAACUUCCUUUUACACUGUGUCAUUUACCAAAAAGCCUUAAGUUGUUCAAAAAACAGCCCAAACCCACAAACUCAGAGGGGCUUACACACAAGGAGAUUUGAAAUAAAUUAUUAAAUGAGA